ACUCCACACAUAUCUAUACAAUGUCGUCCUCUUUCAAGAUAGUCGAACACCACACACCCUGUCAAACCAUCAGAGAAUACCCGCAAGCCACUUCGACAUACCAAGAAGAAAAACUAUACCUCAGCUCAAAACAAUACAUUCCUCUCAAUCGCACACCACAAAAGGGCGAUGUAACGAUAUUGGCAGCACAUGCAUCGGCGUUCCCGAAAGAGCUAUAUGAGCCACUAUGGGAGGACCUUCUCAAGCAGAGUGAAAGGGCUGGCUACGGUAUCCGCAGCAUCUGGAUGGCAGAUGUAGCAAACCAGGGAGCUUCAUAUGAAACGACNCCAAACUACGCCGACCACGCCCGCGACCUACUCUCCCUCAUCAACACCCACCGCGAAGACUUUACCCGCCCAAUCAUCGGCAUAGGCCACAGCAUGGGCACAAUCUGCUUGGCUCUACUAGCCCAAAUGCAUCCCCGCCUGCUAACCUCCAUCGUCAUGCUCGACGCCAUAAUCAUCCACAAAGAAAUGCCCGCCUGGAUACCAAUGACCCGCCUCCCCUCUUUCCGCAAAGACCUCUGGCCCUCCCGCCAAGCAGCAGAAGCCACUUUCCGCAAAAACACUCUGCUGAAACCAUUUGACGAACGAGUGCUGCAAAAGAUUUUGGAAUACAGUAUCAGGGCUACGCCUACUUUGCUGUAUCCUCAAAACUCUGCAGAAGAGGGAAAUGGAGAGCAGAGUUAUACACUUACGACGCCGAAACAUCAGGAAGCUCUUUCUGUUGCGCGGCCGAAUUAUGAGGAUAGAAAUUGGUCUGGGACUCCUGACAUGGUGGCUCGAUCGACUGUUCCGGACUUGUGGCCUUGUGCGCCUUACGUAUCUCCGUUCUACAAGUCAGAGGGAAGAACUUGUUGGAUGUUCUUGCCGCAUCUGCGACCUUCUGUUCUUUGGCUCUAUGGCAACAAGUCAUAUACCAUGGACCCUGACGAACGACGCGAGAAGAUGAAGAGGACAGGCACAGGUUGGAAUGGCUCCGGUGGUGCAGAGAUGGGACGAGUAAAAGAGGAGUUCAUUGAGGACACAGGACACUUCUUGUGUUUCGAAAAGAUUGCAGAGACGGCCGAGAAAGUGUCAGAAUGGUUGGACUCAGAGGUCAAGAUUUGGAAAAAUCUUGAAAGGGUCACAGUGAAUGAGGAGUGGUUGAAACAAGAUGUUGUGGGUAGACAAAGGAUGGAUGAUAAGUGGUUGGAGGGUGUCAAGAAGUGGAAGGGAAAGAAGAAGGCUGCUCCAUUGAGCAAGCUC